CAUAGAGAGACAGAGCGCUCCCAGAGAACCAGGACUCCGCCAUCUUCACAUUGCAAUAUAUAAUAGUAAUAGCCAGCACCAACCCAGCUGCACUGGGGGCUUCCUUCCUUCCAGUCCCAGUGCCAGGCGAGGGGAAGCAGUGCAAAGUGGUGCAGAGGCAUUGGCAAUCCAAAAGCACUAGGGCAAAGCAGUGCCACUUGAACUGGGAAAGAGGAGACACAGUUUUGGCUACCCCUUUAAAAAAACCCAGCAAGGGUCAAUUUCUGAAAAAAAUAUUUUUGGGGGCAUUUUUGUGUGUGUGGGCAAUCCCCAUUCUGUACUUUAAAAAAAAUCCUGAUUUUUUUUACCCUCCUGGUGGAAGAAGUGCACUUGCCAAUUUGCCAAGCACUCUGGAGAGAGAGAGAAAAAAAGUGUCACUGUUGGUGCAAAUCCUCCUAAGUUCGAGAAGAGAUCUGGAAGUCCAAGUGACAGAAGCAGUGGAGAAAAGACAGUGAGAGAGAGAAAAAAAGAAAGAGCUUUUCCUGAUGAUGAUGUUUUUUUAAUUCAGGGGGAUAUCCCACCUAGUGCACCAGAACAACAAAAAAGAGGGUUUUUCUUGUCUCCAUUUUAUUUUAUUUUUUAAAAAGAAGAAAUCAAUAAAGAAGAAGACGAAAGAGUGAACGAAAAAAAAGAGGAGGAAGAUCCGCCCCCACCACAUCCCCCCCAACCCAGUACAGCUCUCCGGGCGAUGCCAGUGUAAAUGCCAGGGCAAUGUCCCGUCGCAAGCAGGGAAACCCGCAGCACUUGUCACAAAGAGAGAUUAUCACACCAGAGGCUGACCAUGUGGAAACGGUGCUUGCCGACGAAGAUGAGAGCCUGGCAAUAGCGGAGCCGGGCGGCAUCAGCAUCGCCCCAGGUGGGACAGACCCCGAUUUGUUAACCUGUGGACAGUGUCAGAUGAACUUCCCCCUGGGAGACAUCUUGGUUUUUAUAGAGCACAAGAAGAAACAGUGCAAUGGCACUGGUGGUGUCUGCUAUGAAAAGAGCCUGGAUAAGAGCAGCCCUCCCCCCUUGUCCCGCUCCGAGCUCAGGAAAGUGUCAGAGCCAGUGGAAAUCGGGAUCCAAGUCACACCCGAUGAAGAAGACCGUCUUCUCACGCCUACAAAAGGAAUUUGCCCCAAGCAGGAGAACAUUGCAGGGCCGUCCAGGCCUGCAAAGCUGCUGGGGGCUCCCAUAGCUGCCUCCUCCCACCCUCACACAUCAGUGAUCACGUCACCUCUCCGCGCACUGGCCUCUCUCCCGCCCUGCCUUAGCCUGCCCUGCUGUGGUGCCCGUGCAGUCUCAGUUGGCGGGACUCAGACUGAGACUCAGACUGAGACUUCAGGCACAUUUGGAUGUCAUUGUCAGUUGUCAGGUAAAGAUGAGCCUUCAAGCUAUAUUUGCACAACAUGCAAGCAGCCUUUUAAUAGCGCUUGGUUCUUGCUUCAGCAUGCCCAGAACACACAUGGAUUCCGCAUCUACCUGGAAACCAGCCCUUCAAACAGUUCCCUUACUCCACGCAUCACCAUCCCUCCUCCUCUGGGACCAGAGACUGUUGCACAGUCCCCGCUGAUGAAUUUCCUUGGAGACAACAACCCUUUUAGUCUUUUGCGGAUGACGGGCCCCAUCCUACGUGAUCACCCCGGAUUUGGUGAGGGUCGGCUCCCCAACACACCUCCACUGUUCAGCCCACCGCCUCGUCAUCAUCUGGAUCCACAUCGCCUUAGUGCCGAAGAAAUGGGGUUAGUUGCCCAGCAUCCCAGUGCCUUUGACAGAGUUAUGCGUUUAAACCCCAUGGCAAUUGAGUCCCCAGCGAUGGAUUUCUCCAGAAGGCUUCGAGAACUGGCAGGAAACAAUUCUACCCCUCCUCCAGUCUCACCGAAUCGUACCAACCCUAUGCAUCGCUUGCUGAAUCCUUUCCAGCCUAGCCCUAAAUCACCCUUUUUGAGCACUCCGCCAUUGCCACCAAUGCCCCCAAGCAGCACUACGCCGCCGCAGCCUCAGGCGAAGAGUAAGUCCUGUGAAUUCUGUGGGAAAACAUUCAAGUUCCAGAGUAAUCUUAUCGUGCACCGACGCAGUCAUACAGGAGAAAAGCCCUACAAAUGUCAACUCUGUGAUCAUGCUUGCUCCCAGGCCAGCAAGCUAAAACGUCAUAUGAAAACACAUAUGCACAAAGCUGGCUCCAUGACAGGCAGGUCAGAUGAUGGACUCUCCACCACAAGUUCUCCUGAGCCAGGCACAAGUGAGCUCACUGGAGAGGGACUAAAAUCCAGUGAGACAGAUUUCAGGAAUGAGAGUGAUCCCUCCCUGGGCCAUGACAAUGAAGAAGAGGAAGAAGAAGAGGAGGAGGAAGAGGAGCUUGAAAACGAAAGCAGGCCAGAGUCAAGCUUCAGCAUGGACUCAGAGCUAAGUCGCAACCGAGAGAACGGUUCCAAAUCGCUACCAGAUGAAAAAUCCCUUGUCCUUGGAAAAGUUAUAGAGAAUGUAAGUCUCGGUGCCAUCCAGCAAUACAAUGACAUGCUAGCUGAAAAACAGAAGAGGAGUAGCUUCAUGAAAAGGUCUUCUGAUCAGCGAGACCUGUGUCCUCGAGACCUCUGUCAGAGAGACACAGGCGAUGAAGAUUCAGUGGCAGGAGAACUUGACCGCACUGAGGAAGGGACGGUCAAUGGAAGAAACUUUGGCCCAGGUGAGCCCUUCCCAGGCUUGUUCCCUCGCAAGCCAACACCUAUCACGAGCCCCAGUUUAAACAACUCUUCUAAAAGAAUAAAAAUAGAGAAAGAUUUGGACUUACCACCAGCAACAAUAAUACCUUCUGAAAAUGUUUACUCCCAGUGGCUGGUAGGGUAUGCAGCAUCAAGGCACUUCAUGAAGGAUCCGUUUCUAGGAUUCACAGACUCCCGACAAUCCCCCUUUGCAACUUCUUCUGAGCAUUCUUCAGAGAACGGAAGCCUGCGUUUCUCCACUCCACCAGGUGACAUGCUAGAUGGGGGUCUCUCAGGGCGCAGUGGGACAGCGAGCGGAGGCAGCACUCCCCACAUCAGUGGACCUGGUCCUGGUCGACCCAGUUCAAAGGAAGGGCGGAGGAGCGAUACAUGCGAGUACUGUGGCAAGGUCUUUAAGAACUGCAGCAACUUAACGGUGCACCGCCGGAGCCACACUGGAGAGCGGCCUUACAAAUGCGAGCUCUGCAACUAUGCAUGUGCCCAGAGCAGUAAGCUGACACGUCAUAUGAAAACGCAUGGCCAGAUAGGGAAGGAGGUCUACCGCUGCGACAUUUGCCAGAUGCCCUUCAGUGUUUACAGCACCCUGGAGAAACACAUGAAAAAGUGGCAUGGAGAACAUUUGCUGACAAAUGACGUCAAAAUUGAGCAGGCAGAAAGAAGCUAAGACCCCCACUGGGUUAAAUCAGGGGUCUAGGUAACAUUUAAUUUGUACAGUUUAACUAUUGCCAACUGAGAAAAGCUGACCUAACUUGCCUCUGUAAACAUAACUUAGCAUAACUAUAGUAGGUGCCAGACCUUGGCACUUAAAUAUAACCUGUGUCUACAAAGUUCUAUUAAACCUGAGGGUUGAUUAAGGCAGUAAAAUUGUGGAGCCUUUUAACUGUGCAAUAAUUUCUGUAUUUAUUGGGUUUUUGUAAUUUUUUGGCAUGUGCAGGUACUUUUUUUUUAUUCUUUCUGUUUAAAUUUCUUUUAAAAUUUUGUUGGGUAUCCCUUUUUAAUUUUACCCAGUAGUAGCCUGAGAUUACUUGCAUUGUAGGGGGAGAGGCAUAUCUUUUUAAAUUAUAAUUUUGGGGCCGCUGCUUUGUUGAAAUUUAAGCUAAGCAUGUGUAAUUUCUUGUGAAGAAGCCAACAUUUUAACUGAAUUCUUCUUCUUCUUCUUCUUCUUCUUCUUCUUCUUCCUUUUUUAUAAAAUAACCUUGGAGAUUAGGGAAAAUAAAAUUGUACAGCGGAUAACAAUCUUUAAAAUUAGCACUUUCUUUUGGAAUUGGAUCUGGUAUGUAACACUGACAAUGUUGCUAAAGAUAGAGGCCUUUUCUGUGUAGACUUCAACAUUCAAGUUAUGUCAACUAAAAAGACAUGGGUGCAGGUAUUUUCUGAAGGCAGCUACAUUGAACAAAGCAAUAGCAUUCUUAAUUGUGGAUUAUUAUCAGAUAGUUUCUUAGUGUUAUUAAUGAUAUGUACUGAGAUGCCGCCAUUUUGUCACAUGUUCCAGGUUCAGUAAUUAAAAUAACCGAAAGAAUCCUCACAGAUGUAAUAAAAGCUCUUUUAAGGUAUUGUAGCAUCCUUCUCCACCCUUGGAUGAAUGAAAUGCCAUUCUUUUAGUUUCUCUCUCUCUCUCUCUCUCACACACACACACACACACACACACACACACACACACACACACACACACACACACACACACACACACACACACCCUAAACGAGUUUGGGAUAUAUGUACAAACCACCAACUUAGCUCAGUAGUAUACUGCAACUAGAAUCACUAUAAUUAAGGCAGUUGUAACUAGGGCUGAUUGGUAGUUUCUCAAUCCAAUAGAAUUUAUAAGGUAUUUGGAUGGCGAGUAGAAAAUAUCAGGAUUAUCUCAUAUAAUGCACAACAAUGUUAUUGUGAGGAAGGGGAAAAAGUAAUCAUUAUGCAUGUGAUGGGCUGAUUCUGCUCCCACUGAAGUCAAUGAGUUUUCCCAUUGACUUAAUUGGGAGCAGGAGCAGACCCUAUAUGAGCAAAGCAUUGUAGGAAAAAAAAUGCAGCUGCUCUGUGUUCCAGUUGUUUUAUUUUUUAGCAUAUUAGGACUAAUAAUAAUGAAGAGUGGACAAUUAAGCUUAGACAUUUUCAUUAUGUUGACCCGCACUUUAAAACUUUUGUUUGUGUUUAAGAGAAAAUGGCUUCUGAACAAGAAAUUACAGCAUAUUCUUCUCCUUGGCCCAAAGGUGGGUUAAACUGUAAGGGAACAGCUGAGAUUAAGUGUCAGUGUUGCUAAGCAUGGCAUUCACAAUACUGGCACUAUAAAGAAAAAUAAAAUAAAAAUAAUUUAUUGGACAGUUUUUCUACUGCCAUUCAAUUUGACGUGAGUGCCUUGAAAACUGAUCUUCCUAUCUGAGUCUCUUGAGACAAAUGCAAAACGUUUUUGUGAAAUGAAAAGACUUUUAAAAAAGUAAAACAAGAAAAGUACAUUCUUUAAGGGGAAAAAAAAGAGCCACAUUUACUUUAAAAAAAUUACUGGUUGAAGAUAGUGGACAUGAAAAUGCCAUAAGACCCAAUCAAAUGAAGAUGCAUACCCAGCACAACUUCGGACAUCCAUUAGCUGAAUUAUUCUCAGCCUUUUUUUUUUUUCAGGACAACGCUGCUUAGGAAAUGGAAUGGAAAUGAUUUACUGCUGAAUUAAAACUCAUAUGACACAAAUUACGAGUUAUCAUUGAAUGAAAAAAAAAACAAUUCAGGAACAAUGGCGAAUUUUUUUUAAAAGUUAAAUUUA